UGCAGACUUUCAGGCUUUGUAGCUUUGCCUCAUGCCAAAUAAAUUUGAGUAUAUUGUUCGAAUUUGGUUAUCAGAAGGGAAAUCUAAAGUUGUCAGACCACAAUAAUACUGAAACUUGAAUUAGUUUGAAAGUAAUGCAAUCAUAUAGGUCACUGAAAGGAAUUGAAAGUAUCGUUUUUGAGAGACAUGAGCCAUGCCAAGUGCUGAAGCAACCCAACAAAAUGAAAACAUUUAAUGUGACUUUGUAUUUGUAGUUGAGGAUUGAUUUCAGGGUCCAAAUAACUUCUUUUGUGGUAACAUUUGCUCCUCGUGAAACGGCUUUGUCUCACCUGUCUGAUGCAUUCACAACCUGAUUUAAUAAUGACACUUUUUGUCCAGCCUGACGCUUGUGUCGGGGCAGAUAAGAGACUCCGCAAAAGGCCUUUGAACCGUGGCGCAUCAAAUACGAGUGUAACUGAUGUUAUAUAUGCCACUUUGCUUUGAAAGCAAGGUGGUUCUGCCGAUCAGUGGAAAACCCGAUUUCUUUGAGCUUGGACUUGUGAUCCAGUGAGAUGCACACCGUUGUUUGGAUCUUAACCUGUUGCCAUUCCCUCCCACUCCCAUGCAUUUGCAUGGCCAUCCUUUGCCGGGCCAUCUGCCCCUUUCUUUUCUUCUCACUGAAUUCUAAUCAUUACUUUCAAAGGAGACUGUCUCCAAAGUACCUUGAUCAAGUGAGCAUUUGAGGAAGCACUCACUCUCUCGCCUCCUCUUCGCACUUUGAUUCUGGAGCACUUCCUGGCGUGGACCCUCUGCUACUCAGCAGCAAAAUAACACCAACGAGAUACCAUGAGGUUGAUUCUGGUUAAACCCACUAAUGCCACCCGGCGCCUCGACACAACAGAUCAAGCGUUCUGCAACGAUGACCGCGACGGUUGCACCUCAAGAGGCCUGUCACACCAGGCCAACAAUUCUGAGGGGAAACAUGAACAAUACUCGGAAACCCUCAUGGAAGUAACUUCACCGACACAGGAUACAAGUCUCUGUUGUGCUCCUUCAGCGCCCCACGAAACCUCUAAUGGAGUCAUUCCAUCCCCAAAAGUUUCUGGUCAGAUGUCACAGCUACAAAAUGAAAACGCGACCAUAUCACAGCCAAGGAAUCAAGAGUGGAUGCUUCUUUGUGGCCAAGUUAGCGGCGAAGGAGCCGAUUCACCCCCCUGCCAAAAUCCAGGCACUGGUAUGGGAUAUCCCAACCACAAUGACAAGUGUGCUUGUUCCUGUGCUGAUGCACAGAAGCAGCAUUUACAAGCAUCUAUCUUCCAACAGCCAUCAAAUCAUACUUCAUUUCAAGGUUGUAUCUUGCACAAAAUAAGUCUUUCACCGUCACCCCACCCAGACAUUUUCUCUCCUUCUGAUGAUUGCCACAUUUUUUCUCAUGAAACAAACCAAAGGGACUUCUUGCAACCUGCAAAUAAGCAUUCACAUGGUGGUUUCAAGCCUCAGUGCAGCAACCAACAAGAGCAAAAGACUCUUUUUCAACAACAAACUUGCAAUCAUUUCAAAGAUAGCAAUUCAAACUUCAACAUCCCUCUGUACGACAAUGACUGUCCUGAGAAAACCAGGAAAAAUAUCCGACAUCCUCAGUCUUCUGUGAACGGUGACCCCAGCAGGAGGGAAAUGCUUCAAAACCGUGAAGAGCAACAUGGACGUUACUCUAUCAGCGGUGGCGAAAGCUGGAAGCUCCGCAGAGAUCUUCCCCUCAUCCUCAAGUGUCGCCAUCUCUCAUCCAACCCUGUGACCAAGACAACCCGCAUUAAGAGGUCCUCUACACCAGCCACUAACCACAGUGUGCAGUCCUUUUCCACCAGUCAGUAUAGCUCACUUGACCAUCAAGACCUAGUGGAGGAGGCAACCAGAACAAGAUAUAGUCAGCUAAAUGCUCAGGAUCUCACUGGAUCCAAACUCUCGCCUCCAAAAUGUGUUGCUCCCUCCGAAGUCACAGGAAGUGCUGUCCUUGGCAACGGCGAUGCUGUGGGAUCACUGGCUAGCCAUGACACAAUGAGAUCCAGUUUGACGGAACUCCAAUCAAGCCAGCAGCUUAUUCACAGCACGCGCCUCUCGGAUGCCUUCUCCAAAGUCAUCCGAGAGGAUACAAGUAAGGCCAAUUGUGACAACCCCACCAGGGAGGAAGGUAACGUGCCGCACAAGAAGGACAUCCGCUUCCGACUGGGUCAGCGCAGAGCUCUUUUUGGGAAACGUAAACAGCUGAGUGACUACGCUUUAGUCUGUGGGAUGUUUGGCAUUGUUGUCAUGGUGAUUGAGACUGAAUUGUCGAGAGGAUUUUACAGCAAGGAGUCCAUAUAUUCAUAUGUACUAAAAGGCCUUAUCAGCGUUUCUACUGCUAUUUUACUUGGUCUUAUUCUCAUGUAUCAUGCUAGGGAAAUCCAGCUCUUCAUGGUUGACAACGGUGCAGAUGACUGGAGGAUCGCCAUGACCUUUGAGCGAGUUCUCGUCAUUUUGUUGGAGCUCCUCGUGUGUGCCAUCCAUCCCAUCCCGGGCCAAUAUGUGUUUAGCUGGACCGCUCGACUGGCCUUCAGCUACACCACAUUGGUAGCGGACGCAGAUGUGGACAUCAUCCUGUCCGUGCCUAUGUUUCUGCGCCUCUACCUGAUUGGCCGGGUCAUGCUACUCCACAGCAAGCUCUUCACAGACGCUUCAUCUCGUAGCAUUGGGGCACUCAACAAGAUCAGCUUUGAUACUCGUUUCGUCAUGAAGACUCUGAUGACCAUCUGCCCCGGUACCGUUCUACUGGUGUUCAGCGUAUCCUGCUGGAUCAUCGCAGCGUGGACUGUCCGAAUAUGUGAGAGGUAUCACGAUGCACAGGAGGUGACUAGCACCUUUCUUGGAGCAAUGUGGCUGAUCUCCAUUACCUUCCUGUCCAUUGGCUAUGGUGACAUGGUGCCUCACACCUACUGCGGAAAAGGAGUGUGCCUCUUAACAGGAAUCAUGGGAGCAGGCUGUACAGCUUUGGUGGUCGCUGUGGUUGCAAGGAAGUCGGAACUCACCAGAGCCGAGAAGCACGUUCAUAACUUCAUGAUGGAUACUCAGCUCUAUAAAAAGGUAAAAAACACAGCAGCCAAUGUGUUGAGAGAGACAUGGCUGAUUUACAAACACACCAAGCUGGUGAAGAAAGUUGAUCGCACGACAGUCCGGCACCAUCAGCGUAAAUUCCUGCAAGCAAUCCACCAACUGCGAAAAGUCAAAAUGGAACAACGGAAACUAACUGACCAGGCCAACACCAUUGCUGACCUUGCAAAGACCCAGAACAUGAUGUAUGAUCUGGUGUCGGACCUGCAGCAUCGAAGCGAGGAGCUGGACAAGAGGAUUGUGGCCCUUGAGGAAAAACUGGACUUGAUGCUCCUCAAAGUGCACUCGCUGCCUGACGUACUCUCCCAAGCGAUAACAAAGAUACAAAAAGAUUUUCUAGAUGACUUGGCCUGCCAUGUCCAUUUUCUGUCAUCGUCCCUGAGCUCUGAGUGCUGCUCUGUUCCCGCCAGACCGCUCAGUCAAGGCCCUGCCACUUCACAGAUGCCAUAUGGCUGACUUUCUUUUACCCUUUGGAAUUAAAACAUGCAGAGGGACCACUUAAUUUAGAGAACUUUUUUUUAGUUCCACUUUAUCUUCAAGUUUCCCUAUCAUCCAAAAUGCAGAAUCUGUAAAUUGUAAAAAAGCUCUUGAAAUGUGCAUUUAUUCCUUUUGUACCAGAAGCACAAUUUGAGAGAUUUGUACUUCCCCCUCCUUGUGUCCAUUGUGUAUUUGGGAUAACAAAUUAACAUACUGUGUGUGUUUCUUUCGGCUUGUCCCUUUCGGGGUCGCCACAGCGUGUCAUCUCAGAUGGACGCACAUAUGUUUGGCACAAUUUUUACGCCGGAUGCCCUUCCUGACGCAACCCUUCUCAGGGAGUGGAGGCCCCAGUGGAUACUGUGCUUAACAUAAAUGACUGUACCUCCAUUGAAAAGUAAGCUUCUUAUACAUUUCUUAGUGAGCAAUUAAAAAAAAAAAAAAAAAAGGAUUUUAUCAAAAAUUGGGGGGUUGGCUGGCUGGCUGGCUGGCUGGCUGGCAACAAGUCAACAGUGUACCGUGCUAGUUGUCCAGGAAGCAUGAAUAAGCUCCAGCGACCCAAUGAGGACAACCGGUGUAGAGAAUGUAUGGAAGUGAAUAAAGUGUGCUUAUCAUUUGUUAGUACCAUUGUAAUUUAGGUUUUUGCUGCCUAUAGAUGUUAAGAGGUACAUUUUAAAUAGUGACCA